GAGAAAGCUCUGUCAUUGGGGGGUUUCGUUUUCGUCUUCAAACUCGAACUCGGACAAGAAUCUUAGAUUGUACCUCGGUCGAAGUUCUAGUCGUAUUGUAUGAGACUGCCCACAUCUUCCUCUUGCCUCUUUCACAUGCUCGUCGAUGUCCCAUCUAGCUAUUCCCCUCUCUCUCUCCACCUCCACUCGCGAGCCCAGCUAUGCUGUUAUGACUUGUUGUCGCCUCGUCUUCUCCUACUCCAUCCUCUCCAUCUUCAUUUUAGGUCCUUUAUUACCUAAAUACAAGGAAGAGGACUUUUAUGACGGACCAUGAAAUAAAGAUGUCCGCAUUAUCAGGCUCUAGCCCGUCAGCGCCGUCUUCGCGACGACCUGAUCACAUGCUCUUUUUUGAGGGCUCGCAUCGUGCGGAAGAGCCUGCAACAGCAGAAGGACCUGCAGCUGGUGGUCUUGGAAGUGCCAGCCUGCCAGUAUCGAGGUUCAUGGAUCCGCGCGCUUACGCGAUGUUUCUUGGGUUGAACCUGAGACAUUCGAAGAAAGACCAGACGCUUUUCACCGUGUUGCGGCCUUUGUUUUUGGCACCGUUGCCAUCGCCGUGGAGCGCCAGGAAUGACCCUGCACGUGACAGAAUCUACUUUUGGAAUGCAGCGUUGGCCGAGAGCUCCUAUCGACAUCCUCUAGAAGGGUUUUUCGUCCACCUGAUCGGUGUUUUGAAGGACAACCUCUUCAUGAAGGACAAACAGGCAUUGCAUGACGCGUUGUUAAACGAGCUGAAGAGCUGUGGCGUUCUCCUAGACGAAUCCAACAUCGGGCAUCAAGCGAAUAAGCCCAAGGACACUCCACCAGGAAACUGCGAGUAUGGCAGGUGGGAGAGGAAAAAACGAGGAGAUGGACUACAGGUAGUAGUACUAGAGAUCUGAGACUACAUCAAUUUCUACAGUUAAAAAUCAUCUCGAUCAUGUAUCCAAAACCUAGUGAGUCCUCUCCAUUUCCUGCUGUACAACGUCAUUCCAUUCUUCUCAGAACCUAGUGAGUCUCCAUUUCCUGCUGUACAAUAUCACUCCAUUCUUCUCAGGACCAAGUGAGUCUCCAUUUCCUGCUGUACAAUAUCACUCCAUUCUUCUCGGGACCUAGUGAGUCUCCAUUUCCUGCUACAACGUCACUCCUCUCUUCGCAGGGCCUAGUGAGUCUCCAUUCAUCCCUGCUACAGCGUCACCCCAUUCUUCGCAGGACCUAGCGAGUCUCCAUUUCCUGCUACAACGUCACUCCUCUCUUCGCAGGGCCUAGUGAGUCUCCAUUGAUCCCUGCUACAACGUCACUCCUCUCUUCGCAGGACCUAGUGAGCCUCCAUUCAUCCCUGCUACAGCAUCACUCCAUUCUUCUCAGAAUCUAGUGAGUCUCCGUUCAUCCCUGCUACAACAUCAUUCCAUUCUUCUCAGGACCUAGUGAGUCUCCAUUCAUCCCUGCUACAGCGUCACUCCUCUCUUCGCAGGACUUAGUGGGUCUCCAUUUCCUGCUACAACGUCACUCCUCUCUUCGCAGGACCUAGUGAGUCUCCAUUUCAUGCUACAACGUCACUCCUCUCUUCGCAGGUCCUAGUGAGUCUCCAUUCAUCCCUGCUACAACGUCACCCCAUUCUUCGCAGGACCUAGUGAGUCUCCAUUCAUCCCUGCUACAACGUCGCCCCAUUCUUCGCAGGACCUAGUGAGUCUCCAUUCAUCCCUGCUACAACGUCACUCCAUUCUUCUCAGGACCUAGUGAGCCUCCAUUUCCUGCUAAGUACAACGUCAUUCCAUUCUUCUCAGGACCUAGUGAGUCUCAAUUUCCUGCCACAGCGUCACUCCAUUCUUCUCAGGACCUAGUGAGUCUCCAUUUCCUGCCACAACGUCACGCCCUUCUUCUCAGGACCUAGUGAGUCUCCAUUUCCUGCCACAACGUCACUCCAUUCUUCUCAGGACGUUUCGGGCCACUACUUCGUGGAAAUUUGCGCGGAUGUGCGGCUUUUACGCACAAGGUCCGACAACGUUACCGAAACUAUUGCUGGAGACAUUCUUAAGGCUAGUUUUUCACUAUCCCAUGUGCACAAUGCUGAGUGGGGUCCUCCUUGGUUUGAAGGGGGAGCUAAGGGGGGAGAAAGGGGAGCUCACUAAACCAGGCGUAGUAGAUAGUGAAAAAGUACCUCUAACAUUCGACAUCGUUUCGACUUUCUCAAAAAAGUAUGGACCAUGUGCCUCUCCCCAACAGCCAUGCCUUUCCCUUUUUCGGAUGAGGAAUUAGACACGCAGAGCAAAGAAAGGGCAAGAAUGUACUUUUGGUGGAUCUCUUGGUGGAUGUGGUGCUUAGCCAAUCUCUUUGACCAAUCCAAGUUAGUACUUAACAUGUUUUUCUUUGACACGCUUUCGCGUAGAAGGGGUCCUCGUCAGCUGGGAUCAUAUCAAGAUCAACAACGCCCACAAAAACAGGCACGUCGACGACGGCAUGAACAGCACACUGCGGCUGCCGCCUCUUGUCAAGGGCGGUUCUUUCGCGGAUCAUGAAGGUGAUUUGCCAUCUCCAAGUGCUCUUGGUCAAACAGCACACAUGACCAGCCUAGGUCUAGACUCCAGUCCUCGAAGAGCAGAGCUAGAACAGCACAGCAGCGAGGCCGUCUUAACCGCUUUUCAUGCUGGAUCGCGGGCUUUGGCGUCGACCUACGCGGGAGCUGUGUCGGGAGUAGUCGGGACUGAUGUAGUGCAGUUGCAUGGACUUCUCACUGCUCAUUCGGGUGUGGCCACUGGCAAGUUCUCUCCAGCUACGGAAGCGAUGGUGACGCCGACUGAUAUGGACGCUGGGUUUCUCACGACUACGCGAGCGGUCGACGAAGCGGUCAGCUCGUAUGUCGCUGAUGUACCAGAACCAAGAUUAUCCGAAAUUCUAGUCUGCAAACUACCGACUUCCGAAGAGGAACUAAAGCUUCCUAGCACAUCUUCAUCACCUUCAAAAGUUGAUAAAAGUGCUCUCAGUGGCGAAAAUGUCGCUAGUCUUUAUGCUAUGCCGCAGUCGCUGACUGGAGCGACUUUGCGCGCUUUAGGCAGUCCGUUGGCGGGCAAAGCGAACAAAAGAGGCGCCUGGUUGGGCAACGAUGCUGACUACGACGAGUGGAGAAAAAAACAAAGAUCCGACUACUUUGAGAGUCGUCGGAAGAAAAUAAAUGAGAGUGGUGAUGCUGAAAGUAUAAGUAGAUCAAAUCUUCUUACAGGAGCAGGACCUCUAGGCACAGCAGCGUCUUCAUCUUCUCCAGCAAAGCGACUAGAGAAAGCUUUCCUCACGAGCAAAAGCGACACAGCAGAACAACCUUCUACUUCCUCCUCAAGUCAGUCUCAGUCAUCAAGAACUUCCUCCUCUAGUUCUGCCCUGUUCCCGUGGACAGAAGUGAAGGCGCAACUAGACAGUCGCAUCUCGGAUAAUAAGGCUGAGCUACGCAGCGCUAGGGAAGGGGCUGGGAAGCUGUUGAGUAGCAGACGCGCUGCGAGAUGGAAAGCUGCUGCCGCGACACGGCAGAACAAGGCACAGGAAGACCAGCAUUUAAGGCGCGAUGCAAUUCAUUUCCAACGGCAGCGUUCUUCUGUUGAUCUUUCCUUCUGUUGAUGUUUCCUUCUGAUGUAUCCAACGGGGGUUUCCUUCUGAUGUUCCCUUCUUAGGAUUCUGAAGAAUUGGAAAUUCAUAAGCAGGCAAUUACCUAAUUGUUUUGAGCUCCUCUAACACAUACACAUGCUUUUCUUGUGUUCCCUUCUUAAUAAAUCGUAGGAAUAGGAUUCUGAAGAAUUGGAAAAUUGAAAGUAGGCAGCGAUUACCUAAAAAUUGUCUUGAGCUCCUCUAAGAUAUGCUUUUCUUGUGCGCGAGGCCAAGGCACGUGCGAGACGAGAGCGACUCCGUCACUUGCAGGAGUAUUCGCUGAACUACCGCGUCGAGUUUCAAGACGGCCGCGGACAGCUUUACACGCACAAGGAAACGAACGAACUGGACGUGAACGUGGUGGAUGACACGAUUCUAGCAAAGCUGUUGCAAGACGAGGUAGCCAAGGUCGAAGUUCCCCCAGUCGGGAGUGUCCAAGUAGAAGAAUCCACGUGGGAAAAGCGAAUGCCCGCUUUGUUGGAAUCUAUCGAGAUUUCAGCGAUGGAAGCAGGUAGUGAAACGGAACGACCUGAACAGCAGUUAUUAAGGCUCGAUCAUGGUUGAAGUUUAUAAUGUAGAUACUUCCGACUUCUAUGGUCAACAUUUUCUUCUCUUUCCAUCUUCUUAGGAUUAAUGACGAGAAGAAAUGAAUAUGAAUUGCUUUUUUUAGCUCCUCUAAUAAAACAGCAGAACGUCGGGGCAGACACAGCGGAAUCUUCUGCCGGAGGUCAUGGCGGUGAAGUUGUUAGAAGUCGGUAUGUAGCGAGGCCAGUUUGGCACAUGCCGGCUGAGGUUGGCGAGGAACCUCGCAAAGAAACUUCCGAAAUCGCGGCACAUGUAGAGAACACAGCUGUGAAAGAGUACCAGGAGAAAUUGGAUAGCAUCAAACAAGCGUGGGAAGCGAGUUUGAGAGGUGAGUAUGUGGCACCGGAGGACGUCGCAGCUAGAGACGCCGAUGCCGCAAACAAAAACGUGACCACUACAGACGUCGUUGACGAGGAAUCAGGUGAAACGUACGUCCUGGUAGCUGAUAACAACAAUGCAGAUACUAUGCCUCUGGGCGCAGAGGCCGAUGCUUUGCACGACAGGCUGAUGCGGGACGGUCCAGCCGCGUCGGAGCAUCAGCUUUUGCAGCCGAGUGAUCUGUCUUUGCCUGACCGAAAACGCGACAAUCGAUCCGAAAUUGCCGCUCUAGGCAUGUUCGGGACAUCGCCUGCAAGCGACGACCGCUGUUUCGGCAACGACUCCGUAGUGAUGUACACCGUUCCCCUCAAAGGCUGCUGCGCUCGAGCGCCGAGUCCCCGACCCAAAAAGGAGAUAGAAGCAGAAGAGCUACUAGCUGCAAGUCUAGAUCUGAACCAUGCCGAAGCGUGGGCUAGAUCGAUCGGGGGUGUGGUUCCGAAUGUCACACGAUCGCCAGAGGGAGGUCUCGUCGUACAGAAUGUGCCUUUGGCAAUGAUCGGAGCUUCUACGAGAGACAUCAUGGCACAAAGCACAACAGGAACAGAGCGUAAGAAUCCUCGUGGAGGAAGUAGUAGUGGCACAUUUGGUGAACACCAUAAAAAUAGGUUACAUUUUCCUAUCGGCAGUCCUCCCAAUGGUCGUCUUGGUAGUCCUGGAGGUGAAAACGGAGGUGGAGGUCCUGGAAGCACGAAAAGCAUGAGUUCUUCUAGAGGUUUUAGUUUCUCGCACGAGAACGUGGAACGGCAAAUGGUCCAUGACACUCAUAGAGACUAUUUGCCGGAGUACGUGACUACAAUCCUGAAGGACAUGGCGAGCGACGACGCCGCAGACGAAGCUUCGAGGCUCCGCGGAAUAGUACGUGUAGUUAAGGUCACUUGAGAUAAUUUUAAUCCAUUUUCAUUUUUUCGCUUGGUCUCCACCUUCGUUUCUUCUCGUUAGAAUUCUGAGAAUAUCCUCUCCGCAAGAGAUGUUGAGAUAUCAUGACCGCAAAAACGAAUGAAUUACUGUCGUGUUGAGCGCCGCUAAUAUAAGGCAAAAACAGGAGAAGCCACGUCCUUUGUCCGCCGACGGCCGUUUGCAAGCCAAGGGGAAUGCGACGUACUACUACAACAAGCAUGAAGGACCGAUGCUGAAGGCGAAUCUGCAGUCCUUGAUACAGGUGAAACAAUGUAAAAAUACGGGAGCAUUGUGCGAUCCUGAAGAUUCGGGUUAUAGUUAAGCGUAGGCUUUAGGCGUUUCUGUUAUCCUCGUUAGAUACAGUUUUGUCUCGUCUCUUAAGGGGGACGAGAGGCAUACGCAUACCUAAAAAGCCCUAUCGACAACGAGAUAACUAUAAGCUAUUAACGCCAAAGCCCUAUCCCUAAUCUCGAGGUAACUUGCAGUCGGUCAAGUUUUGGAUGCACAACGCCUUGGAUGCGCAUCGCAGAGCUGAGCGCAAAGCACAGGGAUUGUCCUCCAAUAGUGAGGACGAAUCCGGUACAGAUGACAAGAGCAAGGCGCGAAACAUCAAAGUCGACAAGAAUGACGAAGAAUUUUUGAUGCGCUAUGCAGAUCCGAUGACUGGAGAAACCGCAGUCCAUCGCCACGUCUACGGCCGCUUAUUCCAUAUGCUCUCUUUGAUGCCGCAAGACUUAGCCGAAGUCGCUUACCUGCCCUCUGUGAACCACGGGAGUCUAGUGCCCACGAUCGGCAUCACCGACGAGCAAGCGCAGUCUUUCGUGCGUGCAGUCCACAGAGUAGAUCGCGCUGGCAUGCUGCAAAGACCCAAAAACGUCGUGAAGCCGUCGCAGGCACAGAUGGAGGAGGAGAGCAAUACCUUUCCUCUACUAGGAAGGGAAGCAGAAUAUUAAGGCUCAAAACAAUUCAUUUCUACAAGUUAUUUCUUGCAGUUUCCUUCUUGGGAUUCUGAAAAAAUGCAGGCAAGAAAUGAAACGUUUUGGGCUCUAAGAAUACUGCCCGGAUGCUGACUGCGAAGGAGCAGUGAUGACGAUGCCGGAUGAUCACAAACUCUACGUGAAAAACGUCACCAAUCAGGCGUGGGCCGCACAGUUUUUUCAUGGGGGUUUUGGAACCGUCCCAUCCGCAUCCAGCGCGACCAAGGAAAAGGAAGGUGGUGGUGGAGAGCAAACCCAAACACCUACAUCUUCACGCAGUGCUGCAGGAGAGGGUGCAGCAACAGGAGAAGAUGCUCAUAGUGCUAGUAGUACGAAAUCACCUAGUAGAGGUGGAGAAGAUCAAGAACUUCAACAAGGUGGAGGAUCUUCAUCCACUGGGGGAGGUGGACAAGAUGCUAGUAAGGCGAGUAAGAAGAUGCGUCGACGUAGUUCAGGGUCGUCUGUUAAGGUGUUCGCGGCUAAUCCAUCUAGUUCUUCGGUGAAGCCGUUUUCUUAUUUAAUAGAGUCGUUUUGUUCAAGGGGAAAAGGAAAACGGUCUGGGUCUCAGGAUCAGGAUGGCCCUCCUCGAGUGAUGGAACAAUUAAUAUAGGCUUUGUAUGAGCUCUAAGUCUGGUGAUCUAUCGAUGCGUGGCCCUGGUGGAGGAGGUACGUCAACCUCCGGUGAGGACGAGCAAGCCUCCUUGGCGAAGUGGAGUCCCUUUUAUCAACAGAAAAAGCGAAACGAACACAACAACUUCAAACUCCGCGAAAUUCGGUUGGUUCCAGGCUUUCAAGAUGGCAUGGGCUUACCUGGAAGAAACACCGAAGGCCUUAGCUUUGCCAAGCCGAUGCAAUCAGCGAGAGUUAAAGCUCAGACAACUAAUUCAUCUUCACAGAGGACUGGUGGUCUCAGUUAAUGAAUGUGCUUAUUGAGAGUUUUUAGUUUUCUUCUUGAAUUCUUGUCAAGAGACUAGGAGAUGCCCAGAAUAUGAAUUCGUGUGAGCGCCGCUAAGACAGGGAAUUUGUAUCGCACGUCGCCCAUCGUGCAGGAAGCUCUGGAUAGUAACGAAUUUUUGCCCUUGUCCAGAUGGGUGAAAGCAGUGAGUGAGGCAGGUCUGGAUGAACGAGGCAGGAAAGUUAUGCAUUUCCACAUUGUUGUAUUCUAUAAUGAACUACCAGUACCAUGAUUCUUGACAACUACAACUUGUUUCCCACUUAUAGAAUAGAGCAAGAAGUCAAGAAGCGAAUAAGUCAAGGCCGCUGCUCUGAAGAAUGCAAUAGCGCAACGGAACCACUAAGACAGCGAAUGCAGGAGGCUCUGCGAGGUUUUUGCUUGCAUCACUGAAGCAAGCCUGUGGAAGUUUAACGAAUGCGUUCUUCUGCUUAAGCCAAGCGCCGAUAGGAAGCAAAGAAGCACCAAUAGGGGGAAUGAUCAUCUCGCGGACAAGAUUUCAACUCAAUUGGGGUACUAGAAGAACACUGAUCAUGAAAGACUAUGAUAUAGUGAAGAUAAUUAGAAUAUUUAUUACAACGACCAUUUUUAUGCAGCUGUGGCAGUUAUCUUCUUAGUUUUUGAAUGAGAUAAUCGACCUAGCAUUUGAAGGUGAUGAGGAAGAAAUACUACCACGUACUAUUGCGAUCAAUCUACAUCUAAAAAUUUCCGACUUCCAGUACUACUACAGUAAUUCUAAUUACUUACUUAUAAUUUAGAAGUAGAUUUCCCAUUUUGCCAUUGAAGUUGUACAGUAAUUUACCAUUUUGACCUUACUCAGGUGCCCUAAUGAAAGAGCGGAUGUCCAUAGAUCCUGAUGUCGCGUUCGAGAAGAUAGCCGCUGACGCCUCCUGUAUCACUCCGAUGGACUUGUGUGGAAAAAAGAGCGGUGCAGAAUUGAUUAAGGGUCCUCCAACAUCUCGAAAAAGCUUCUUGGGGCCUUUCUCUAAUAAAGUACAGGUUGGUUUACUACGUACUCCCCACUGCUCAUAGUCAGAGACGCGCUUCACGAAGCCCAAGAAGAUGACUUUCGAGAUACUAGAUUCCGCGAAGGUCUAAAUUGAUGUAUUUUCUCAACAUUCGUCUGCGAUGGGCUUUGCAAAAGCCAUGCAUGCACUACAGUUUGUCCCGAUACAAGCAAAAGGUGGACAAAGAGGCAAAGUUAAGGUUUGUUGAUGCCGAUGGGAACGAUUGAGAAAUGUUUGUAGCUUAAAUUUGAGUGUGAGGCAGUAUCAUCUACUAAAACUAGAAGGACUAUGAGUAGACUAUUUUGAUAAUACUUCAUGAUCGAGGACCUCUUGCGGCUCUUCUGUUUAUGCGUAUAAUAGAGAUAAAUCUCUAUCUCUAUCUCGCUCUCUAUAUAGCUCCACUCCGAGCUCCUCUAAAAAUCGCACGCAGAAAUGGCAUAUCUAUACCCUCUGCGGCCGCAAGUUCGGGCUCCAAGCGUAAAGAGGAAUUCCACAUGAUCAAAAUUGAUACUAAGUUGCAGGGCUUCGCAGGAAACGAGCAACAAAACGAGAAUUCACCAGAUCAUAUGAAUGGAUGAAUUAGAAUUUAUCUAGUACUGCUGUACAAUUGAGGACUGUGUCCGAAUAGUACUGUGUUGUGGACUGUGUCCGAAUAGUACUGUACAAUCUUUCUCUAGUCCUUUUCUAGUUAGGCUGGCUCCACCACUAGUACUGAUACUGUACAAUCAAGACAUAAUUUGGAUUUGUUUUUCAACUGAAUCUUCCCCUGGCUUCGGCAUUCGCAUUGUUGUUACAGGAAGUCAUCUGCUACAUGCUGCUCCUGUGCUAUUUCUGCUUCUUAUCUUUCUAUGAAGUCCUAUCAUUAUAUUGACUCAGAUUGCGAGUCAACAGAAUCUACUUACUCUACUUACAGAAGCCGCGCUCCCUCUCCACCAUCAUGUCCACACACCUCGAUGUCCUUGUCCCCCUUCCUGCCUUUGUCCCCCUUCCUGCCUUUUCCCUCUUUUCCCCCUAUGGUCUUCAUACCCCAAGAGGGGAAUAAUUCGAACGCAGGCGACACACAGAGCGAGGCCUCAGAGGUGGCUAAGGAAAGUGCUGACGCGUUGCAAACUCCCAGACACGAGCUUCCUGAGGCAGACCAACUCCUGGAGACCUACAUCAUGGACGAGCAGGAAGACGAAGACCUUCAGUGGCUCUAUAAACGAUCUAGAGAAGUGGAGAGGCUGAAUAGAUCCGAGUUUAUCGAGAAAAUUGUUAUGGUCGGCAGCUAUUAUUCGCCUCACUCAGCAUCUUGGCACCUCCCUUUUCCCCUGUAUUCCCAUGAAGUACAAGGAUUAAAGGCCUUCGUGGUGAAGUACAACAGGGAUGGGGUACACAUGAAGCUGAAUUUUCGCACGCGCUAAAAUCGGCAGUGACUUCGAAAUCGCUUGUGCGUGGAAUACGAGUCAUCAGAUUGAUCGCGCUAUUUCCGAAGAGAUGAACUCCAUCGUCACUGAAGCUUUGACUCUGUUCGCCAACUCCGCUCUGGCUGAACUGAAUCGUCCAAGGAAACCCUUGUACUCUUUAAGGCUUCAAGAAGUUGAAAUCCAUCGAUCCUCCUUAGCGUUUUUGAACAGAAUAUCUUGAUUCUUGUUUCUUCCAGACAUCACCAUAUUUUCAACAGACUUCCAGACACCACCUAGCAGCUCUAAACUGCGUGCCACAGUAUCGUAGUGCGGUGAACGCGAAACUGAGAGAAACACGGGAUAAACUGGCGGAAAGGCGAGCGGAAGUUUUGUCUGACGAGGGAGAUGACAUGGCAAAACUACGCGACCGAUUGAAAGACGUAAAUGCUGAGUUGUUGGAUGAUGAGAUGGUGGCUGCUUUAAUUAUGGCUCAAUAUAUUAUCUCUUCAUGAUCAUUUUACUUGUGCACUUUUUAGAAAAUGUAAAUGUAGUAAAUGAAGGCAAGUACUAGAGUAAGUAGAGCAAGAAAAAAUGUAGUAAAUGAGGGCAAGUUAAGUAGAGCAAGAAGACCAACAAGACGAAAUGAAAGAGAACAGUUUAUUUGAGACCUAUCUAAUUCGAUGGAUGAAACAGAACAGUUAUACGAACGCGUGAUGGUGAAACGUGGCAAGAAAGUAAAGAAGCCUAUGCACGUCGAAUUCGCGGACGAUCCGUUCUUUCACGUCCUUCCACCAUUAAGGCUUACAACCCUAAUCCAUUUGCAUCUACAACCCCUGAACAAGCACGAUCUUGGACUUGUCCUCCCAUAAUCAUGUCGUGUAUGUGUUUGUUGGCAGUACUGGCACUCCCCGUGUUGUCUUUGAUAUCAUACCAGAGUAAUUUUUAACCUUUGCCAGCUCGCAUGGGAUGGAUCGCAUGGAGCUAAAGGGGGCGCCUCGCUCGUCCCUUAUGGAUCUGCGCUCCAUGCUACUCCAUGCACUCCAUGCGUGCUCUAACCUGCUCCGUAUAAGUAAUUAAUACACCAACCGCUUCAUUCAGCCCCAUGGUGUUCGCUACGUGCCGCGCUUGAUCUUCCUCCAUCUCUAUCGCAAUGCACCCAGCACGCACCGCGCUAGUUUAUACUUAGAACCACAAGGUUGAAAUACAGCUCCAACGCGAUGAGGUCCAACGCGAUGAGUCCCCACAAGGUUGAAAUAUAGCUCCAACGCGAUGAGUCCCAACAAGAUGGUUUUUAUUAAGUAGCUCUAAUGGGAGUGAUGCGAGCAAUCGCUGAUACGACUUUAUACCGCACCUACUCGCAAGUGUUUCGGGAGAUCGGAGGCAGGCCAAAGGAUUUCAAAGAGCGACAGCGCGAAAUGCAACACAGGAAGAAGCUGUACGAGAGAAGCAUAACUAUGUCAGCAGCAGGAGGAGCUUCGCAGCCUAGUGGAUCUAGUCGCAAACGAGGAGCUGAGGGGAAGUUAGAUGGUGGCAAUUCGAUCGACGGGGGUGCAUCGAGACUGAGCAACAGUCGUGGAAGCAAGAAAACUGACGCAAGUGAUGCAGAACAAACGGAGGGAACAGACGGCGCUGGAAGUGUCAGGGGAACAGCUGCUGUUGAUCAUAAUCUUAUGAUACAAGAAGAAUAUUCAUUUUCAUACUAGUAGUACUGCUCUCACGACUUCCUUAAGACCACUUUAAGUAGUUAGUACCACUUAAACGGGUCGUGGAGUAGAACGCAAUACAACGUCGAUAAAUCCCAGAAAAAGUAUUUUCUUCACCUGUUCCUCCUUAGACCACUUUAGCUUGUACUUCUAAUCGCCGACAGCCUGGCGGUCCUAUGUACCAGCCGCCGAAGGCAGCGCGAAGCACUUACUCCAUGUGGAAUGCUGGCGUGGACCUAAAGAGAAACAACAUUAAGGUGAACAACAAGAGAGCAUCCGCAGCAUCCUCCUUCCGUCAUCCUUCAUCGUGGUCGUCCCCUUUUCAUGUAUAAGUAGACAGAUUAUAAGUAGACAGAUUAUUGGGGGUCACUCAGGGAUCACUGCAGGGACGAUGCCAAUGCGGUAGCUGCUCUAACAACGACAGAACUAGGCCACAAAAUGGCUCCCAGCUCUCGGCAACGUUCUCGCAAUAUUCCUCGAGUAUUACAGGAGGUCCGAGUACCCGAGAAAAUGAUGUGGUACUUCUAGUCCUACCUGUACUAGAUUUUGAUUUCAUUUUCCAACUUGAGUUAGAGCUUACAACAAUUCAUCUUGGAAGUCAUCUUUGACGUAUUUCCCCCUUGAAAACGUGUCAGGGAUGCCUCUUAAGAUGAAUUACGGCAAGUCUUAAUUGAGGUCCUGUGGUUUUGGAUCGAUUCGUUUUAUUCGGAGGUCAAACACUUAGUCCUAGACCUAAAAACUACUAUUCUUGCAAUUCAUGACCAAUCGCAAUCUAAAGAUCCACAACUACAGUUUAACAUCGUCCUUUCUUCGUCGAGAGCAUUUAAAAUCUCCUUGUCACUCAUCAGUUCAACUCAUCGGGUGAGUUCUCCUUUCGACCAGGAGAUAGCAAAGACCGCAGCACGAUGUCUGUUGUGCCUCAAAAUGGACACAAUAGGUCAACGUCGCUUUCCCCGACGAAACAUGGACUUAUGUUGAUACAGGCAACUUAAAUACCUGGUUUGAAUUCACAACUUCAGUAUGUAUUGCAUUACUUAUCUAAUAUUAGUGCCUGCUUUGAACGCUUUCUGUCCCUAGCCUUUGCUUUCAAGUUCCAAGUUAGAAGGGGUCCCACUCCAGCUAGAACGCUAAGUGCGAUAGCCUGGCGAAGGUGAAACUCAGCCACUUUCGUUUCAGUACUAUUACACUAUAUUAGUGCAACAACUGCUCGGCGUCGUAGGUCUACCUUGCUUUGAACGCUUUCUGUCCCUAGCCUUUGCUUUCGUUUCGGUACUAUUACACUAGUACAACAACUGCUCGGCGCCGUAGGUCCACCUCGCUUCUGCUACUGCAGUGGAGGUUCUCCUUCUAACAUCCGCAGUCACCAGCACAAUAUGUCGCAGGAAGUGAGUGCGCACAUGAUGUCCGUCGACUCGCUCAAAUCACAUGAGUCUUUUCUUGAAGAAACGCCUUCGUGGUUUCAAUCCCAAGAAUUAUGGCUUGUUACCGUAAUUUGUUUCAUCUGCUUGAGCUGCAUCCUGGGAAGACUUCCUUGUCCAUCCUGGGAAGACUUCCUUGUCAAGGGAAACGAAUAAGAAGACAGGACGAAUGAUCCCAUCAACACCAUGAAUUUGAAUUUAUCACAACAAAGAGAUCUCUUCGUGGCGUUACACUAUGACGCCUGUAGGCAGUCUGCGCCGUUUUUUGUGCGGGACUAAUUGCAUUGUCUAUUGUAUUGUAUACCUCGAACCUUCAACCUCCUUGAACCUUCAACCUCCUUGAACCUUCAACCUCCUUGAACCUUCAACCUCCUUGAACCUUCAACUUCCUUGAACCUUCAACCUCCUUAACCUCCUUGGGCCUUCAACCUCCUUGAACCUUGAACCUCUAAAACACGCUGCCUUCCAGAAUCAGUUGAAGAAACUGCAAUCGAAGAAAGUGAAGAACACGCUUUUGGCAGUCUCGGAACAACAUCGACAAGAGAAGGAAUACCUUAACAAGAACAUCCUGGGAUUGAAAGACGGAAAGCCGAUCUAUGUUUAAGGCUUGGUUGAAGUAGAAGUAAUUUCCUCGUAGGUGUGGUAUCUAUUACUAGCAUUGAAGUAGAAUGUUCGCUUUUUGGUGAAGAUUAGGUGGCAUCGAAGAUACACUAAUUGUUCAUUUGGACAAAUGAGACGAAUGACAGUCAUUUGAAACUUUGAUCAGACUUCUAGGUUAUCACACCUACUUACAAAAAUCCACUCACUUUGUUCAUCUUUCUCUUUAUUUUCUUCUGUUUCCGUCUGUCUUGGAGGAUUCUGACAAUGAUGGGACUCUGAAGGCAGGAAAGAUGUUGGAUCUAGUAGAAGUUAUUUUCUCACCAUCUUCCGUACUACUAGACGAGAAGUUUUACUCUCAACAAUGCACGUCGAAGAAGUUGUUCCUCUAGCUCUAAUGCGUGUCGAAUAAGGCGACAGGAACUGAGAAAAGCUAUGAACGAUUCGGAGUGAGCUUCCGCGGCGCUCGCAGUAGUCCUCCUAGAGGCCGUGGUCGGGGUGGAGGUGAUGAGGAAUAGGAUCAAUAAAGAAGGGCUCCACUGGAUGAAUUAGAUCAAUGAACACGAUUGAGUACAUCAGUGCAAUAAAUGCAUCGUUAAAAAACCCGAGUCUGGAAAUUAAAUGUUGAACAAGUAGCUGUAGUAAGUUCUAUUUUUCUUGAGCUAGAUGUACAGAAAUUUUGUAGUGACACGAAAAUGUACUAGAAGAGGAAUUUUCGCCAAUGAAGAACUCACAAGACCGGAUCGAUCAGUAAAAAACAAGAUCUUCGUAAACAGGAACCAAACCAAGACAAUUUCAACAAUUCUUGUGAUAACAAUGAACAAUUUCGUAACCCUUGUUGGAACUUAAGAAGCGACUCUUCUAAAAAAUGAAAGAGCUAUUGUAUCUUUUGCAACACAUCGUGGUGGUCCACCUUGAACAAGAAUCAAUAUGAUUUUUAUUGCAACCCAUGACUGUUCGGUAAACCCAUUCUUGUUCGGCAAAAAUAAUCCUCAUCGUAAUUCUUGACUACGUCUUCUCACGUUAAUGUCUACUGUGUUUUUUCGCCUUCGUCUGGUCCAGGGCUUAGAGGUCGUGUAUCUCAUCUCCUCCAGCUGAAGAUAUCCAGAGUUGUAGUAUGGCGUGCGACCACCAUCACAGUCGUCGCAGGAGCUGUAGUUCUCUAUCUUUUGUUUAUCACUCAAUGAAUUGACUCAACACCAUCGCAAAAAUCCACCGUUCCGAAAGUAGAACCUGUUGUCUCGAGUUAGCAGCAACUCGAAACGUGAAAGGAUUUUGGAAUCGUUGGGAACAGAAAUGAUCUAGAGUUUGUCAGAGAAUAUUAAGAAUAUUCAACUACUCUAUAACUAUAGGGGGUUCAUCAAUGAUGUAGAUGCUGUACCUUCAAAUUCCCUAUUGACGCAGAGAAGCAGCGGGUGACGCGAGAUUCACCGAGCUCAAAGUAGCUGCCGAGCUCAAUUAUGCUGCUUUGCACAGCCCAAAGGUGGCAUUAGGAGCAU